AUUGCCAUGGGAACAAGCCGCUCUAACAGGUACAGCAUCGUGUCUGACGUUUUACCAGAGGAGGAGCGUCAGAAGAUCUGCAGUCUACGGCUCCGGAACAGUCACGGUUCUUCUAACGGCUGCCUGGACACAGAGGGAGAUGACCUCAGCAGGAGGAGGUCUGGACAGCGCGUCAACGGCAGGAUCCAGACCAGAAGCUCCACCCAGGGAAAGAACCGUUUUGUAAAAAAAAACGGACAAUGUAACGUAGUCUUCGCAAACAUGGACGAAAAGGGCCAGCGCUACCUGGCAGACAUCUUCACCACCUGUGUGGACAUACGCUGGAGGUACCUGCUGCUCCUGUUCGCUCUCACCUUCCUCAUCUCCUGGCUCUUCUUUGGACUCAUCUUCUACGGAGUGUCUCUGGCCCACGGAGACUUUCAGGGUAAUGUGUCUGGACAUGGUCUGAUGAGUGGACCAAACAUGGGUCAGACAGUCAGUGGUCAGUCCCUGAGGAUGCCCUGUAUCCUCCACGUGCAGGGCUUUGUGGGGGUGCUCCUCUUCUCCAUGGAAACUCAGACCACCAUCGGUUACGGUUGGCGCUGUGUGACGGAGGAGUGUCCUGUGGCAGUGAUGACUGUGGUGGUGCAGUGCAUCGUGGGCUGCAUCAUCGAGUCCUUUAUGAUCGGCACCAUCAUGGCCAAGAUGGCACGUCCAAAGAAGAGAAACCAGACUCUCAUGUUUUCUAAAAAUGCUGUCAUCUCCCUGCGGGACGGUAAGCUGUGCCUCAUGUGGAGGGUGGGCAACCUGCGGAGGAGCCACAUCGUGGAGGCUCAUGUGAGGGCCCAGCUCAUACGCUCCUAUGUGACGGAGGAGGGCGAGUUCAUCCCCCUGGAGCAGAUGGACCUGAAUGUGGGAUACGACGAAGGCACGGACAGACUGUUUCUAGUGUCUCCUCUGGUGAUAGUGCACGAGAUCGACAAAGACAGUCCUCUGUACACACUGAGCAGAGACGAUCUGCAGAUGGACGACUUUGAGAUAGUGGUGAUCUUGGAGGGGAUGGUGGAGGCCACGGCCAUGACCACACAGUUCCGUAGUUCAUAUUUGGCUCAGGAGAUCUUUUGGGGACACAGGUUUGAGCCGGUCAUCUAUAAGGACAGGGAUCGUUAUAAAGUCGACUAUGCUCGUUUCCACAACACUUACGAGGUGCCGUCCACGCCUCAGCUGAGUGCCAAAGAGCUAGAAGAAACCUGCAGCCGUGCCUCCUCAGAAUGUAAGACCACCAAUGAUCUGAUCCCAAAAUCUCUGAGCUCCUUCUGUUAUGAGAAUGAGGUGACUCUGAGCAGCGCAGAGGAGCAGGACGACAUGUUGAAUGCUUGUCCCACAGUGGGAAGGGAGAGGCUUGAGGACAGACGGACGUCCAUCACAUCAGGGAGCCACUGGCCUGGAGACAGACGGACGUCCAUCACAUCAGGGAGUCACAAUGUCAUGUGUGUGCUGGACAUGGACAACAACCAGAUGGAGCUGGACAUCCUGCAGAGCACUUUACCUUUGGACCCGGUCACCUACAAAAGUGAUCAAGACGUUCAGGCUUUUUAA